ACAGAUAACGUUUGAGAUGAAUACUUUGAUAACUCUUACUAGUCUAGAGUCUGUGAAGACUGUGUACAGCAACAACAGUCAAACUACAGUGUAUAUCCAACAACUUAGGUCGCACAAAGCUGGUGAAUAGGGAACCGUACAAAGUGGUGUCCUCUUUGACAAGUGACCUGUUCGCAAUAUGUACUAGCUCACACAACAGCCAAGGGAUAUUUGGUAGGAUGAGAUAGAACAAGCCUCUAGAUGAUACACAACACAACAACUGGCGGUGUUUAACCAGGAAGAACGUUUCGUGCUAAUGCAACGAGUUCAAGAGUCAACGUCAUGGGAAAGUCUGUGGUCGUUUUGAUAUAUGUCACCUAUUUAAGCUGCAUUCUUCAGCCAGUGCGUACAGGUACAACAUACAACAGUAAGGCAUGCUAUGGAUCCGGUGGUCUGUUCUGUGUUCGGCAUGACGUCAGCUGCAACUCUACCCAGAAGAUCGCCAUCUAUGACGCCUACUACACUAACAAUACAGAGUGUGGUGCAGGUAUCUCCAACUGCGGCACCGUGAAUCCAGCGAAUGUGACAGAACAUGGUUAUCACAAUUUCAGCAACACCGAGCUUGUCCCCCUUUACAGCAACUGCUCCAGAAAGACAAAGUGUAGCUAUCCUGCUCCCCGGCGGAGUGCUGCUCUUGCAUUCUCUGUUGUCAAAUAUCAGUGUAUUGAAGUUACAAGCACGGGGUCAACCGUCAAUACAGUUUUCUCAACAAAAAACACCACUUCACCAGGACAGACGGGAAAUAACACUGGUGCAAUAGCUGGUGGAGUUGUGGCCACAGUCGUAGCUGUACUGGUUGUAACACUGGUGUCAGCGUGGAUCAUACGGCAGAGACGAGCGAACAGCGAAUCGAAAGCGAAGACAUCUUCUAUAGAUGUAAAGUCAGACAUGACCUACAGUUUGGCCGGUAAGAUCCAACAGAACAACUACCAUGAAAUCCAGGACCUGAAGACACAGAACUGUGACCAUGACUACGCUACCGCGGAUGUCAUGGGUCUUCCUCCAACUACAAAUACUUACUUCACCAUCGAACCUGCUGGGAAUCAAACUGUAAGAGACAAUUCAACAGUCUCUGCAGCUGAAGGUGACUAUAAUCACAUUGGAGACACGCCAUCCCUUCAGAUCAGUGACUACGACACAACAGCUUCAAUAGCCCAGCAAGAAAAUGUUGGAGAAGAUAAUUAUGGUUACAAUCACUUCCAAAAGAAAGCCAACACUCAGACACACCAGAAUGACUACGACACUGCUGCCUCUGCAACUAAGGCAGUGGCCGAAAUCAGUACGACCGAAAGGAACACAGAUGAAGACGACUAUGACCAUUUUCAUAGGGGAACCAAUGCUUCUGACACUGUUAGCUCGCCGUAUGGUACUACAUCGGGAGUGGAAAAUAACCCUGAUUAUUCUGUUGCAGGAAAAAUGAAAUGAGCAUAUCCCGAAAUUGGAAUAUGUGCGUAUGUUCUGCUUCCUAUGGAACACUAUAAGUUGCAAUUGUAUGCUUCUCUCGUGGGUAAUACGGUCUGAUGUACGCCUCUUUGUAGCAGUAUAACCCGAACCGGUAGGAAGCUUGUUAAAGUGUCAUUGAACAAUGAAAUUAACGUAUUUCACAUGGAGGUAGUAUAGGUACAUGUUACUAAAUAUCAGAUACCUUUACAGUGUUCCUUAUCACAUUAAUUGGUUUUAUAUCAGAAAUAAAUGUUUGAAACUUUCAUAUAUGA